GCCAUUUCCAAAAUCCUAAAUGGCCACUCAACAUCUACAACACCACCGUGGAGGCAGCAGCACCGCCGCUGGCGCCGGCGGAAGCAGUAUCGACGAUGCUAUCGGAACAGACCUUCUCCACAACAUCAUCUCCCGGCUUCCGGCUACGUCCUUCUCCUCCGCCGCCUGCGUUAAUCGCUCCUGGAAUUCCAUCUGCUCGAGAAUUCUCUCUUACCCUAAACUCUCCUCCGCCAUCUCUCUCAAUCCUUCUCUUGAGGGGGCUGUGAAUGAGGUGGUGGAGAAAGUGUUGUCGGAGCCGAUUCGGCCGCAAUUUGUGAUUGCAUCAAUUGGCCCUUCGUUUUCCUUGCCUCGUGCCCACCAACUCAUCACUGCGCGCUUUGGUUCAAGAGUUCCUGUAAUUACAUCCCUCUCUGAUGGAAUUAUUGGGAGAGAUGCACUCACCAGUGAGUUUAAAGAGGUUCAGUGGGAACUAAUGGAGGAUGAUGAAGAUCUUGAUGGUCAUGGAAAUCUUUUACCGAAUCAAGGAAUUGUGCUAACUGUUGGUCAUUUACCGGAUUUGAAAGCCACUAUGAUUCCAUUAUUAUCCCAAGCUGAGGAACCCCGCAUGAUUGAUGAAUUUGUGAUGGAUAUAAGGGAGUAUGCAUCUCUUGUUUCAGGAUCUACACCCCCUGCUGCAAUCAUAUUGUUUUCUGAUCUCAAAACUGACAUGAGACCUCUUCUUCAAAAGUUUGAUUAUGCAUUUUCCUUCGAGACUGUAGUUGUUGGGGAAGGGGGUGGCCGAUACUUCUACAGGAGUGAUUGGGAUAAAAACACCACCAUGAAGCAAGAUGGUAAUCCUGCUGUCGUGGCUCUUCUGUUCGUCAAGGAUAGACAUAAGCCCCCUGGCAUUGGGGAAACUAAGUUUCAUGCUACAUUAUCAACCGGCUUACAUCCUGUUGGUGCAGUUUACAAAGCGGCUUCAGUUAGAGAAGAAAGGAAUGAGCGUUCUACGUGGUUGACUGCAAGAAGAGCAGCAACUCAUGUGCAUCUUGACGGCCAAUCUAUUUUAGAUAACGUGUACAAUGAGAUUGGAGAUCGUAUCCAACAUCUAGCUCUCUACAUUGGGGUUAACAAAAGACGAAAAUGCUCCGUUGGAUUGGACAAAGCAAGAUGGAUGAUGUUUCUUGAAUUUCAUGAAGUAAUAGGUGGGGAUGAAGAGUACCUGUAUGUCAAUGACUUAGGUAUCAGAACUGGAGACUCCUUCCGUUUCUAUGUUUCAGAUUCUGAUGCUACCUUGAGUUCUAGUGCCAAUGUUACUGAGUACUUCAGACGUCUGAAGCAUGAAUACGACCACAUGUCUAAUCAACAAUGCAAUGGAAGUGUUGCUAAUACCAAUAAGAAGUCAGUCUUUGGUGGUUUGAUAUUUGCUUGCUGUGGUCGUGGUACAUCAUUUUUUGGACGUUCUAAUGUGGAUAGCGCACCUUUCUUGGAGAAUUUUCCUGGGGCUACUCUUGGAGGAACUUUUUGCUCUGGGGAGAUCAAACUUGCGAAUAAGAGCAUAUAUGGACAAGAACAAGAAUCUGAAGAUCAGGGUUAUGUGCGCUGCACACUCCAUUUUUUCAGUACUACAUACCUAGUUUUGUCCUACAUUCCUGCAUAGCUUCAGGAUUGGUAUUAUUGUGUAAGCCUGAGAUAGGGCAAAUACGCUCGGCUGCCUUGACCAGUUCCUUUCUCACUAUCUUCCAUUGAUGCUUAAAAGAGCUGUCGAGGAAAUGUUUGGAUAGGAGGAGUACUAAAAGAACUUAUCUGUUGUACAUUGGACAUGUUUCGAUGUGGUGAACAAAAUAUAUAGGUUUAUGGGUUAUCAUUGAAAUA